UGACAUUAACCAAGAUGGCGCCGGGCGAAAGAGAAAAGUGAUGAGAGAAUAGAACAACAAGCGACACAACUACACAACAGUGCGCAUUUAUUUAGCCCGUAAUAUUGUUUAAUGCCGGACCUCGGUCUUAUCACCGGGAAGCUGUCAAGCACGUAUUGCGAGACCGCACUGGUCUGCUGGGAUACAAAUAUUCAGCCAACUGUUUGCUAACUAGCUGCUAAAGUGGCUAACGGUAGCUAACGUUAACUGCGGAAGGCGAGUGAGGAGAAGGCAGGCAGGCGGCUCCAAGUAGAAGCCGACAAGUCGAGCCGUUUUUUUUAAAUUACGCGACGUCUCACGUUGAAAGACCCGUUUGUUGCACCAUCGUCCGACGCAGCAGUCUGUCAGGAAAGUAGCGUUAAACAUUUGAUAAGGAAAGCUGAAAAGGCGAGGAAAGGCGUCAUCUUUGCUGAUCUGACGCCAUGGCUCACUCCCCUAUUCAGAGUGGACUGCCGGGGAUUCAGAAUUUCCGAGCUGAUCCGGAGGAGCUUUUCACCAAGCUGGAGAGAAUAGGAAAGGGCUCUUUUGGUGAAGUCUUUAAAGGCAUUGACAAUCGGACUCAGAAAGUUGUGGCCAUUAAAAUUAUUGAUCUGGAAGAGGCAGAGGAUGAAAUAGAGGACAUUCAACAGGAGAUUACAGUUCUCAGCCAGUGUGACAGUCCCUUUAUCACCAAGUAUUUUGGAUCCUAUCUCAAGGGUACAAAAUUAUGGAUUAUUAUGGAAUAUUUGGGUGGAGGAUCAGCUCUUGAUCUGCUGGAACCAGGUGCCCUGGAUGAAACACAGAUUGCCACAAUCCUGCGAGAGAUCCUGAAAGGGCUUGAGUAUCUGCACUCUGAAAAGAAAAUACACAGAGAUAUCAAAGCUGCCAACGUUUUGCUGUCGGAACAAGGCGACGUGAAGCUUGCAGACUUUGGAGUAGCGGGCCAGUUGACGGACACACAGAUAAAAAGGAACACAUUUGUUGGAACACCUUUCUGGAUGGCACCUGAGGUCAUAAAGCAGUCUGCCUAUGAUUCAAAGGCAGACAUCUGGUCAUUAGGAAUAACAGCAAUAGAACUGGCUAAAGGAGAACCGCCCCAUUCUGAGCUUCAUCCUAUGAAGGUCUUAUUCCUCAUCCCAAAGAACAAUCCACCUACACUGGAAGGAAACUACAGUAAACCACUUAAAGAGUUUGUUGAAGCCUGUUUAAAUAAGGAGCCUAGCUUUAGGCCAACUGCCAAAGAGUUGUUAAAACAUAAGUAUAUUGUAAGGCAUGCCAAAAAGACAACCUAUCUGACAGAGCUGAUUGACAGAUACAAGAGGUGGAAGUCAGAGCAGUCUAGGGAUGAAUCAAGCUCCGAUGAAUCUGAUGACGAACCAGACGGCCAGGCAUCUGGAGGUGAUGACAAUAGUAACGAUGACUGGAACUUCAACAACACCAUCAGGGAAAAAGACCUGAAAAAGGUUCAGAAUGGAGCAGUACAGCCAGAUGAGAGAUUGAAAGAGGUGGAUGAGAGUCCAAAGAGGCCUUUGUCACAAAGCUUAUCAACAAUCUUUUGUCCAUUGUUUUCUGAGUUGAAAGAAAAGGGUGAGACAAGUAAUGGCAAGCCAGAAGCCGCAGAGGAGCUGCGGGAGGCUCUUUUUCAGGCAGAAGAAACACACCCGGGGAUCUGUGACUCCCUGGUGGCUGAGCUAGUGCAGAGACUUCAGAGGUUUUCUGUGCCACAGGCAGCCACCACUCAGUGAGAGGAGCUACGUCCAGCUCUGCUCUGCUUUUCCACCCUGGUGGCAGCAGUCAGAUCUUUUCCUCUGACCUCCACAGCCAGGAUGAAGUCUCCCAGGAAGGUCUCCAUCACUCACUUGCCUGAAGCAAAUCCUGGCCUACUUAAUGUCUGUUUAUAUGCUAGCACAGCACCAGAGGGUCCUAUUCAGGACAGUCAGUGGCCAUUCAGUCAGCUGCCACCUGCUGUAAGAUGUCCCUUCUCAAUACCUCCUUCUCAGCUGUUUAUUUUCAGAGUGGAGUUAGCUAUCUUUCUGAAAGGACUCUUGAGUUUUUGGUUUUGGUGAGUUUGUGGCUGUUUCACAAAGGUUUACACUCAGCAUCCUUUUGGAGAAAAUACCUUGCUUAAUUAAUUGUGUGCGUGUGUGUGUGUGGCUGUGCGAGAUAUUCUGUGAGACGUGCAGUGAAGAGUGACGAGUGGGUUGAAGCAUUCUGUUGAAAACUCAGGUAUCCUGCUUUAAGUGGAUUGGGUUCCUCUGGGAGAUGGAAAGAGCUCUCUAGGGUGGUUGUACAGACUUGUAAAUAAGCUGAUUUCUACAGAUUCAUGGAAAAAAAAAAUAUCGGAGCAUUUGGAGCCACUGUGUUCAAAUGGCCAAAUGCAAACUGUAGAUAAUGGUUGUGAGGUAAAUAUUUUGAAAGACUUAAAGGGGCCACAAAUGAGAUUGCCUUGCCUUUGUACUUGUUCUUUUGUAUAUUGGUCUUUGAUUUCUCUCUUCAGUUGUAAACUUUUUAAGUACUCAUCCAGUGAAUGAAAAUGGCUGCCCUCUAUCAUGUUUUACUAUUGAUUUAUUAUAUUUCUUAAUGCUCUUUAACUUUUUGGUUUCACACUCUGCUGUGGUUGUAAUAUUGUUGGAGAAUGUAAAAAAAAUAAUAACGGCUGGUUUAUUGAAGCCCCGCCAGUUUGAAACACUGGAUGCUCUGUUUCCAGCCCUGAUUACACAAGGCCUCGAGUUGUGUUGGUUUGUUGGCCUCUGCCUCAUUCCCCCUCUUUUUUUUGUUUUUGCUGUGUGUUUUAUUGAUCAGAUAAACUGAGGUUUCGUCCAUUCAUUCCAUUAACAGGGCAGUGCCAUCAUCUAGUUUAUAAAUCAGCAGACUCUGUUAGUCUUCCUAGGAGCUGCAGUGGUACUAUCUCCUCAACGUACCUACAGCUUUAAUUGCACUUCAAGUAUAAAUGCCUUCGACUAUAAACAAAGUAGCCAUAAAACAGUAGCAUGAGACUUAGAGUAUUUUGCAGGUAUGCGCCAUACUAUCUGGGACACACAAAUGUCCACUUGAAGUCUCACAGCUUGGACUCUGGAGUUGGUCAUGCAGUGUAAUAUUUCCCUGGCUGUAUAUUUCCAUUUGGAGAAGUUUUCUAGUCGUGCAGUAAAUGCGCAUCGACUUUUCACACAGUGGACGACACUGCUCUCUGACAGACAUUUAGCAUAAAGCCACAAGGUGUUUAGAGACCAGCGACUCUGCUACUACUUCUGACUGUAGUGUAAAAGGAAUGUGCAUGAUAGUAUUAACAGUAUAAAGCCUAUUGGUUGGUCUGAGCAGUAUGCGUUGUAGCAUACUUGUACAGGACUGAAGGAAUGUUGAGUCCUGAACAGAGUUGAAUCAGCCUUACAGUAUUUGUGAUGAAUGGGAUGAAUAGUAUCAGCUUUAAAAACAUUAGAUCAAAUGUUUUUGUUGUGAUUUCUCCUCUUUUUUUGUGUCCUCUCGGGCAUCAAAAUGCAUAGGCUGCGAUUCUUUAAAUGACAAUUUCUUUGAUUUCUUGCCAGAAUAAGGUGCGCAUGAACAAAUGGGCUCUUUGUACUGUUGUUAUCUAAAAACCAUCAUUGUUGCAGUUAAGAAGAGAGAAUUUUUCAUGAUAUAGUCUGUUUUUUUUGCCAGGGGGCAAUACAUGGUACACAGUGCACAAGACGGGUUGAAGAACAGUUCAGCAUUCUAGGAAACAUGCUUAUUUACAAUGUGGUGGACCGAGGAGAAUAUUUAUACCACUCAAGUAUACGCUUCAUUAGGCAGUCAUGUACAGUCUAAUGCAAUCAAAUACAAAUGUUACACUUGGAUAAUGUAAAGAAAUCAGUGGCAAUAGUUAGUAAUGGUGUUAGGCUGGACUGCACUGUUUCUGUCCUGUCCUGUGUGUAGGUAGAGAACAAAAACAUAGAAACACCUUUAAAUAUAAUGCAGUCCAGAACAGCAUCACCUUUAGCUAUGACCCCAAAAAUGAAACUGUAAUUUGAGCACCCUGAAUGUUUAGGAUGUGUCAUUCAUUGGAUGUCACGCUAUUUCCCCUUGUUUCCUUUUCCCUGCUAAAGUCAAAAUGUCAAUAAGAAAUCAGUCAAUUCUAGCAAUUGUCAUAACAAAGACAGAAUUAAAUUAAUUUUCCACAGUGUCACUAGAACUGGACAUUUUGAGUACUGUAAAGACAUGUUAUAUUAAGUUGGUUGUAUUGGAUUACAUUAAACUGCAAAAGGGUCCCUAAUAAUGUAGCCACUCACACAGUGUUAGACAUUAGUCAACCGCUAAGUGUUUGCAUUACAAAUAUACUAGAAUCAGGAUAAACAAGUCUAUCUAACAGCAACAUAAUUCUCCCUCCAUCACCACUGAAGCUCUUCUAGUAAGCAUUGCAUAUCAUUUAUUUUAACCGUUCAAAAUCCGAGGUGUUAAAACAAUAAUUCCGCAUUUGAUUAAGGAGUUAAACCCAUGUCUUGGUUUACUUCUUGGCUAGGAGCAGUAACUUCCCAGAGUUUCUGCUUUAUUCUGCUGUAGUAGUCGCUUGCAGACAUGCACAAUAUUGAAUUUUUGCUCAUUUUUGACAGGCAGAUUUCCAGUACCGAUAUAAGUAUGUACAUAUUUUCAGCCUAAUUGCAGAGAACAUCAGGUUCCUCCUGCAGAGGAAUUAACAUAUUAUACCUUCUCUUAUCUUGAUGGCCCACUGGCUUGUAGACCAAAAAACGUAAUGCUUUCCAAAUGUACACAUUGCCUAGCAAAAUAUGAAAACUAGACAUUUCUUUUUAUGAAACAUUUUCAAACAAAACUAAACAGUCAGUGUUAAUUUCACGUUUGAGCCUUUAUUGACUGAUAUAAAUGAUGCAGAUAUCAUUGCAUUGUGCAUUCCUAGGCAGGUGUUAUACUGUGUUCGGAGUAACCAGAUAUAUUUUCACGUAAAUGUUCUUAUCACAGAGUAUAACCCACCAUAAUAUGCUAAAUUGUACUUGCUGGCAGGUGGAUUUUUAUUACUUUUGGACAGACCCACUUGUGCUAAAUUCAUCCAUCCAUCUACCGGCUGUGGUUUUACAUUUAACUUACAGACAAGAUACAUUGAGAAUUUUCCAAAAUACCAAACUGUUCCGUCAGUUUCCUUCUUAUUUCUCUUGGAAAACAGUAUAAUUGUCCUUUUCUGCUUGCUACCGUAGUUACAGUAGAUUACACAGAUAAAUGAGUAAAAGUCAACUGUUGAUCCAUUUAACUGAAGCAAGAAACAACAGCAGACUUGUCACAUAAUGCGGUGACAGCAUUUUCCAUUUCUCCCCUGCUGUUCUGUAAAACAGCGACUCAGCUCUUCAUUAAGACUUCAUUCUUCUGUGAAAUGUGCCAUGUAAUCCCUCCACCACAAACUGAGACGAUUUGCACCUUUUACAUGGUCUACUAUGACUCUUUAUCUUUGUAUGUGCACUUUGUAGAUUUAUUUUUUUGGUUUUUAAAAAGUGGUACGUAAAGCUACGACGUUAUGUUGCAGUUAAACCAGUUUGGUUUUUCUUUUUCCCCCCUUUGUGUCUUGUAUGGCAAUAAAGCAGCGUGAUCGCCAGGAGUCAUUUCUUAGCACAAGUAGGCAUAUAUUCUAUUAAACUAUUUUUGUAAUCCCAAAGAGCAGCAUUAUGUAAUAGAGGGAGUAAAGUUUGGUUCUGUGAUGUGUUCCGAGUUUCAGUUAACACUGGAUAGCAAUCAUUUAAAAUGUACAUUUCAUUUUGUGUGACUUUGCUGACAGUUUGUAGUACAGUAUACAUGUUUGCUAAUUCAGGACCAUGCUGUUGGGUUUAUUGGAAGUUAUCAAAUGAUUAAGGAAAAAUAAAAAUUCAGUGCAAAUUUGAA